CUUUCAGUUAACAACACAAUCAAUUAAUCAGUAACAAUGUCCGGUAGAGGAAAAGGUGGAAAAGGUUUAGGAAAGGGUGGUGCCAAGAGACACAGAAAGAUCUUGAGAGACAACAUCCAAGGUAUCACCAAGCCAGCUAUCAGAAGAUUGGCCAGAAGAGGUGGUGUCAAGCGUAUCUCUGCUUUGAUCUACGAAGAAGUCAGAGUCGUCUUGAAGUCGUUCUUGGAAAACGUCAUCAGAGAUGCUGUCACUUACACUGAACACGCCAAGAGAAAGACCGUCACCUCUUUGGAUGUCGUCUAUGCCUUGAAGAGACAAGGUAGAACCUUGUAUGGUUUCGGUGGUUAAACAUGCUUUUGUUGAACAUUGCAGUUUUUCUUCCUUUGUGUAUUCUAGCUAUUCCAAGACUAUUACAGUGUAUAUUAGUAAACAUCAUGAGUU